GUCCUUACACAUGGCAGUGGGCAGUAAAGGGUUAAAUCCCCCUGACGUAGGAAGGCACAGGAAAUAGAAUAAAAGCCCUUCCGGGUCCCACCCGCGCCCAUCUCAAUUUUCCUGUCGAGGAAAUACCCCCACACCAGAGGAGCUCUCUCUCUCCUUCUGAAGCGCCUGGGGCCGAGGUUUACCUUGUGCGUGUCCCAGGGGAAGCCGGCGGGCUUCAGGCCUUUUGUUGCCUACGGUGCAGUAAGUCGCAAUGCUGCCUCGGGAGGUAGCGCAUGCGCGAUAAGACGCCGAGCGCCCAUCUGAUAAUGGCGCUACUUGACUUGGCGAAAACUCGCUCCCGCGAUAACACGCCGAGAGCCCAUCUCCAAAAUGGCGCCUACGGAACACGGCGAAAAGACGCAUGCGCAUUGGCGCUCAAAAUAAAAGGCGCGCGCCGAUUACAGGUAAGCACUGUUGGCGUUUUUUUUUAUUCCUUCAACAAGCUGCACCCUACCAGAGGAUCUACUGAGAGAAUCUCCAAUACCUCUGCAGUGCACCUGUAUUCUGUCCAGCCCAGGUGUAAGUAAGCUGGCUAACAAAAACGCAGGAACCUUAUUGUUAAUAUACAAUGCCUUACAAAGACUCUAUCUAUCUUACAGACUGUCUGAUAUGAGCAGACGCUCAGGUUCCAGGGGAAGUCCCCCUCCAAGAGAAGAAUCUCAAAGGAGAAAGACUCCCAGGAUCGACUGCACGGCCUGUGGAGAUGCAGCUCUACAUGGCAGAAGGCUAUGUGAAAGAUGCCUUCACGAAGCAGCAGGUCCUUCACCGGACCUACACAACCUAAAAGAUUGGAUGCAAAGCACCAUCAAAGAAUCCAUGAACGACAUGGUCAACCAAGUCACCGAGAGAGUCCUAAUCAAUAUAGGAGACAGAUACAACCCACAGUCCUCCACGGCAGGGAGCAGCGGCAGAACCCAUAAAAGAAGGGAGCCCCCAAGCUACUCCAGCGUCUCGGAAGGGGAACUUUCCCAAACCGAAGAAGACGAACCAGAUGACUCGGGCUCUUUCAACUUGGACUACUUGGAACCCCUAAUUAAAGCCAUGAGAUCAGCCCUAGAUCUCGAUGCUACCGAAGACACUCCCAGACACGACAGAAUGUUCAAAUCCAUAGCCAAAAAAAGUGCUAAAUUUCCCAUCCACAGUGUCAUCAAAGACACUAUUCUGGAAGAGUGGAAAAUGCCUGAUAAAAAAAUAGGCACCUCCAGAAGAAUUAAGAAAUUAUACCCCUUCGAAGAAAAUGACUUCAAAUUCUGGCAUACCGCCCCCAAAGUCGACGCGGCCAUAACCAGAGUGGCAAGACGUACCACCCUACCAGUAGACGAAGGGGUAUCACUAAAAGACGCCAUGGAGAGGAGACAAGACAUGACCCUCAAAAAGUCAUACUUAAUCAACGGAACAUCCAAUCAAGCCUCAGUAGCCAUCACCACAUUGGCAAGAGCUAACCAAAUCUGGAUAGAAGACCUAGAACUAUCCAUAAAAAAUGGCACGGACAGAAAAAAACUGAUACAAAUGGUUCAAGACAUCAAAACCGUGAACGAAUACACCACAGAGGCCUCCAUGGACCUAGUAAAAUUUUCCGCAAAAGCCAUGGGGCUUAGCGUGGCAGCCCGCAGAGCCCUUUGGUUGCGACACUGGCAUGCCGAUCCCCAGAGCAAGCACAACCUCUGCUCUCUUCCCUUCGAAGGGUCUUUAUUAUUUGGGGAGAAACUGGAUAACAUUAUUUCCAAGGCAUCUGCAGGCAAAUCUGCCUUCCUUCCGCAAGAUAAAAGGGACAAGAAACCCUUUCGGAAACCCUUCCAGGACUCCAAACAAUACAGACCAGGCAAACCCUCCUUCAGACAACCUUGGAGGGCCAGAGGCCAGGGCCAACCCUGGACUAGAAGGAAGGACUUCAAAUCUGACAAAAAGUCAGCAUGA